CAGAUAGUCAAAUACUCUGCAUUCAAAAUGGUCAAACCCCUCACAUUCAAAGGCGACAAGAAGACCAAAAAGCGAAAGCGACACGAUGACGACCCGUCUAAUCCCCACAGUCGAGGCUCCCAAAACACCAGCUCCGCCAUCGCCGAAGCCACCGAGGACCACGAUGAACAGAGUUGGGUAGCGGCAGAUGUACCACUCGAUAUCUCGGGCCCAGUUAUGUUUGUUUUACCAUCUACUCCGCCGACGUGUAUUGCAUGUGAUGUCAAUGGCAAGGUGUUUGCUAGCGAGAUUGAGAAUACGGUGGAUGGAGACCCCAGGACAGCUGAACCACACGAUGUGAGACAGGUCUGGGUUGCGACGAAGGUGGCAGGCUCGGAUGGAAUCAACUUCAAAGGUCACCAUGGCAGAUACCUCAGUUGCGAUAAAUACGGUCUCUUAAGCGCUACAUCACCUGCGGUAUCUGCAUUUGAAUCGUUUGUCCCAGUUUCUUCCCCGGAUUCUCCCGGGAUGUUUUCAUUCCAGAUCUGUGGCGGCGACAUGGAAGCUUUUCUCGCCAUCAAGGAAGGUAAAACCUCCUCGAGCACCGUUGAAAUCCGUGGCGACGCCGAGAGCGUUUCAUUCGAUACGACCUUCCGCAUCCGUAUGCAGGCGCGCUUCAAACCAAAACUAAAAGCGUCGAAGGAGAGCAAGGCGCUGGAGAAAAUCAGCCGAAAGGAGCUAGAAGCGGCGGUGGGGAGGAAACUGGAAGAGCAUGAGGUGAAACGGUUGAGAAGAGCGAGAAGAGAAGGAAACUACCAUGAAGAAAUCCUGGAUGUGAGAGUCAAGGGGAAGCAUGAUAAAUUUGCAUCGUGAGGGGACUCGAAGUGGGUUUGCUCCCAUCGGAGACAGACCGUCGUUGUGACUUUCUACUAUGGAGGACAAGCUUGGUUCAGAGCAGGGGCCGUGAGCGGAUACCGAGUUCAUGCACGGGUUCGAGACGAGCCGGCGGAUGGUCCCGCAUAUCUGGGCCAGCUCCGUAUUUGGGCUCCUCGGCCUGACCGCUUCGCAAGGAGUUUGGUUACAUGUUUAAAAUGGCGUUCGGCGUUUCAGCCGCAGAACUAGCGGCGACCCUCUGGAUCUUGACAAUUGUACUCCACAACUCCACGGGCGAGGGAGACCCCCGAGUCUGCUUGGAUUAUCAAAUCAGAGAGAGCAGUAGGCCUGUUCUCGGUGGUGGAGCCGGUUUUAUUCAUCAAGCUGUACUCCGUACUCCUCGCGG